UGGCGACGCCGCCCUUGACGCCGCCGACUUGGGCAAACGAAGUUCCGAGAGUGUACUGUCAUCAAAUCCUUUUAAUUUCCUCGCUGUGGUCAUUACUGCUCUACGUACAACUACUUUAACUGUUGGCAAUGAGGUAGGAAGAAGUGGAGUGGGUCAGGUUACACUUUCCUGUCUAAAAUUAGGGGAACUGCGCUGACGCAAGAUGGCUAAACUCGGUCUCUAUGUGUGACAGCGGGAACAAGACCGUGGAUCCAUGGAAACCUACCCUGCCAUUUAGCUGUUGUUGAUGACUGGUUGUAUUUUUAGACUUUGUUGUCAUCUUUCCGUAACACUUGGUGUCCAGCAUAUGGUAUAAAGGCGAGUCUUUCAAAAUGCAGCUGUACAGCAGUGCGUUGACACACUAUCCCGGAUCCUCUCGCAAAGUUUCGAUAACUAUCGCAAGUGGUACCACUACCGACAAUUUGUCCAGAACAACAACGAGCUGCUCUGUGAAUAAUAAACCGAGUGGGCCUACUCCAGCAGACACUAACGGGAAUACUGUAGGAGCGACUCAAUCUACUGCAAACAUGCCUGCUGCUGGUUUUUCAUGUUACGAGGCUGCUUCCAUGAAGCCAGUCUACUACACUUCAACCGCAGAGAUAAUUAUUCGUCGGCCUGACGGAGCUGAGAGAUCCGUACCAGUGUACAUCCUAAAGGAAACCCAAACCAAACGGUCUCCAUCAGACUCAUAUUCACAAGAUAUCCUGAUUCAGCCACGUGACCGAGAGAAUCAUUUGGAUAGAGACUUGAUUGUGGACUUCAUUGAUCACUUCAGAGGUAGAGGGGAUUUUUUCAGUGACAGUCAAAAGGUCCAACAUGAAAAUAACCUGAUCAAUUUUGACAAGAAAGAUGGACCAAGUUACAGAAAGUGUGAGGAGAGAAUGAACAUGGCAAAUGGGGAAGGAAAAACUGUUACGAGUGACCUUGUUAGCCAAAAACCCCAUCAGAACUUGGAGGCCCUGGCAACCCAUUUGGGCCGAGGCAUCUUGGAUUCCUGUGAGAAUAGAAAUGACAGUGAAUGUGCAGACCUGGACUUUCGAUCUGGCGAGGCACAGCUCUUUGAGCUCAAUGUCCUACAGGAGCCCUCUCCACGGAGAGAAGCAGACAAAUGUGAGGACGACAAAUUUGAGGACGACAAAGUGACGCGUUACAUUGCGGAAGUGGAGAAACAGAACAAAUACCUUCAGGAGAAGGUACACAAGUACAGAUUCCACAUCAUCCCUGAUGGCAAUUGUCUGUACAGGGCGGUGUGCAAAGCCGCCUAUGGAGAGCAGUCUAUGCACAAGGAGCUGAGAGACCAGACAAUGCACCACAUAGCCGACCACCUGGAUGAGUUUAACCCCAUCAUUGAGGGGGAUGUCGGCGAGUUCCUGAUCAACGCAGCGCAGGACAGUGCCUGGGCAGGCUAUCCUGAGCUUCUGGCGAUGAGUCAGAUGUUGAAUGUGAACAUUUACCUGACCACUGGAGGUAGCUUGGAGAGUCCCACGAUUUCAACCAUGGUGCACUACCUGGGGGAAGAGGACUCGUCCAAACCCACUGUCUGGUUGAGUUGGCUCAGUAACGGACACUAUGAUGUCCUGCUGGACAGGUGUGCGGACAACCCAGAGUAUGACGAGUGGUUCCGUCAUUCUCAGAUGCAAAGGAAACGGGACGAAGAGCUGGCCAAGUCGAUGGCAGCGUCACUGUCUAAAAUGUACAUUGAACAAAAUGGUCACAUUUGAAACCAAUAGUUAUCCGAUUGCUGCAUUUAAAUAUUACUGUGUGUUACAGUAGGCUAGCUGUUACGAAAUGGGCCAAUCAUUUCCGCUGAUAGUAGUGGAGCCUCUGUCAUCUGAGGUCUGAGAGGGCCUCAGUCAGCACCUGGGGCCCCUGUUGGCCCCUGUGCUAUCUCCUCACAGCCCAGCUCACGACUCACCUUGAGCUCAUACGGUCUCUCUCUCUCUCUCUCUCUCUCUCUCUCUCUCUCUCUCUCUCUCUCUCUCUCUCUCUCUCUCUCUCUCUCUCUCUCUCUCUCUCUCUCUCUCUCUCUCUCUCUCUCUCUCUCUCUCUCUCUCUCUCUCUCUCUCUCUCUCUCAAAAUCGAUUGUACUUUAAUAAUGUGUGUGUGACUUCAACAUUGCCUUAUUCAUUUAUUUUUCUAUGUUUUGUAUUGUAACCGAAUUGAAGUGCAGUGCACAUGUUACAUUUUGAUAUUUUUGUUGUAAAUACUCUAAAUGUCAAAAAUGACACUUGAAGGAGAUUAGGUUAUUUUUUUCUAUAGGCUACAUGAAUGCGUUUUAUGUUUGAGCACUUAGGUGAGACUUUAUUAGGUUUUUGACUGGUUCAUUGACAGUUAUUUUUGUAUUAUUACAUAUAACAGUUAAGCUGUGUUGCUAAGCUUUAUGCCUUUGUGAGGUGAUUGGAGCACAAACAGCAACAUUGUUUUUAAAUAAUAAUUUAAUUAUAAUAAUUUGUAUCCAGGCUGUAUCACAACCGGCCGUGAUUGGGUGUCCCAUGGGGCGGUGCACAAUUGGCCAAGCGUCGUCCGGGUUUGGCCGGUGUAGGCCGUCAUUGUAAAUAAGAAUUUGUUCUUAACUGACUUGCCUGGUUAAAUAAAUAUAAAUAAAUCCAUUUUGAAAUAACACUUUUGGUGUUCAAUUUACUUUGUCUUACAUUGACAUGAUUUAAAUCUCCAUGCAAGAUAAUGCUGACACACACAACACACACACACACACACUUUCUAUCUAGACAUGGAAUAGAAUAAUGGAAUAAUCUCGGGUGCUGUUAUUGAGUAACAAUACAAAUGGCUGAGUUUAUGUUUUGCUUUAUUCCCCUGCACAAC